AUGGUGAACGGCAGGGCGGCCGGGGCGGCGGCGCCGGAGAUCGGUGCCGGGAGCAGCAGUGGGGUGGGGGUGGGAAGGGAUCAGGAGACGAAGGGGAAGGGCGGCGCGCGCGGGCGGGGGAGCAGGAAGGCUAGCCGGCCGCGGUUCGCGUUCCAGACCAAGAGCGAGAACGACGUCCUCGACGACGGCUACCGGUGGAGGAAGUACGGCCAGAAGGCCGUCAAGAACAGCGCCUUCCCCAGGAGCUACUACCGGUGCACGCACCACACGUGUAACGUGAAGAAGCAGGUGCAGCGGUUGGCGAAGGACACGAGCAUCGUGGUGACCACGUAUGAGGGCGUGCACAACCACCCAUGCGAGAAGCUCAUGGAGGCACUCAACCCCAUCCUCAGGCAGCUUCAGUUUCUCUCGCAGCUCUAAUUAACCAAUCAGCCGUUGGUGGAAUACCACGGAUCGAUAUAUACAGCCCAACGUACUCAGUUCGGGAAGAGAAAGGAAAUAACAUGUCCUACCUCCCAAUUACUCACUAUACAAACAGCUGAUCUCUCCAUACAUGUUAUACGUGUACCUACUCUUGCCUACAUUCAUGUAGAGAUGAAAAUACGUGUAUGGUAUGGACGUAUGAUACACACAUAGUCGUCCUUGUAAUUUCAUCGUGCAAGUUGAUCUCACAUUUACCAUUUACUCCCUCCGCCCCAUAAUAUAAGAAUGUUUUUAACACUAAUUUUCCAUGUCCUGUUUUUGGUAAAGGAACAUACGGAGAAACAAGGAAAAACACCUAUUGCUUUUAAUCUACCAGUAACAUCCUCUAAAAGCAAUAGGAUCUCACAUUUACCUAUUGCUUUUCUGGCCCAACCAGCCCCGCCAGAUGGAAGUUCUUCCUUUAACAGAAGAAAAUGUUCAUCAUUGUGGUAACUGGUAACCUAUCAUCAUGUCGUUUGAAUUUUUUAAAUUGUUUGAUGGAAACAAAAUUAUAUUUAUA